AUGAGGAAGGAAGGCGUCGAAGCCGACAGCCACACGGUAGGGUUCCUGGUGAAGGGUUGCAGCUCCAUGGCGGGGGCCAGGGAGGGCCAGCAGGCCCACUGUCACGUCCUCAAGAUGGGGUUCAGCUCAGAGGUGAUCGUCCAGACGGCGCUCCUCAGGGCAUACGCGCUGCUGGGGGAACUCCGCCACGCGCAGAGGGUCUUCGACGAAACUCCCCGCAGAGAUCUGCCCAUGUGGAACGCCAUUCUCGCGGCAUACGCUCAACAGGGCUACCCGGAGGAGGCCCUCCAGGUCGCCCGAGCCAUGGCGGAAAGAGGAGAAGGCUUCCGGCCCAACGAGGUCACCGCAAUGAGCGUGCUCUCCGCUUGCUCCUCUCUGAGGGACCUCAAGAACGGGAAGCUCCUCCACGGCUUCGUCCUCAAGAACAUCCCUUCCCUCGACGUGCUCCUCUGCAGCGCGCUGGUCAACACCUACGCGCACUGCGGGGCGCUACGUAGCGCCCGGCACCUGUUCGACGAAAUGCCCGUGCGAGAUGUGGUCUCCUGGACCGCCAUGAUCAGCGGCUACUCCGACAACGACCGCCCCGCGGAGGCGCUGGCACUGUUCGAGGACAUGGCGGCGGCGGGUGUCCUUCCCGACGAGGUCAGCUUCCUCGCCGCCGCCGCCGCCUGCGGCAAGCUGCAGAGGCCCGAUCUCGCCGAGUCCCUCGAGCAGUACUCCCGCCGGAGAGGCCUCUGCGGGAGCACGCGUAUGGCAAACGCGCUCAUGCUGAUGCACGCGCGCUGCGACAAUCUCCGGCGGGCCUGCCGGAUCUUCGGGGAGCUGCGGGAGCGGACGGCAGUGUCGUGGACGACGAUCAUGCAGGCGCUGGCCAUGCACGGGCGCGGCGCGGAUGUGCUGGUGCGGUACGCGCAGAUGCGCAGGGAGGGGAUCGCGCCGGACGGGCUCUGCUUCGUGAGCGUGCUGAGCGGGUGCAACCGCGCGGGGCUGGUGGAGGAGGGGCGGCGGUGCUUCAGGGACAUGGCGGAGGAGCAGCGGCUGACACCGUGGGUGGAGCACUGCGGGAGCAUGGUGGACCUGCUGUGCAGAGAAGGGCUGCUGGAGGACGCCUUGGCGUUCUUGAGGAGCAUGCCGAUGAAGCCCGAUGAGAGGAUGAAGAGGGCGUUCUUUCGCGCCUGCGAAAACCGGGGAGGGCUCGACUUGGCUGCUCGAGCCAUGGCGGAGCUGUUCGGAUUAGAAGAGCCGCCGCCGCCGCUUGCGGUUCAAGAUGCGGGCUUUAUUGGACUAAAUUCUUGA